GGGUCAAGUCCGGCGGGCGACCUUGGAGAGCUCCACAGCGAGCUGGAAGGAAGUAGUGGACAGCUAGAGGCGUAGAGCCAGCCACCACCGUCGACCGGCACCAAUCCACGGUUUAGCCUGGCAGGUGCUUCUCAGGUUCCAUGGCUUCCAGCAGCAAGGGAGCGGCGGCGUCCUCGCUCUGCAUCAAGCUCGUGGCCUGCCUCUGCUUCCUCGGAUUAUCCCAAGGCAGGGGCACGGCCAAGCCGCCAUUCACGCUGAGGAACCUCCCUCCCCUCGAGAAGGCGAGCAGCUUCCCCGCGAUGCGCCACGACAGCUACGACUACAUUGUCGUCGGCGGGGGCACCGCCGGCUGCCCCCUGGCGGCGACAUUGUCGCUCAAGUACAAGGUGCUCGUGCUGGAGAGGGGCGGGUCCCCUUACGGCAACCGCAACGUCUCCUACAUGGAGAACUUCCACAUUGGCCUGAGCAACACGGCGCCGGACUCUUCGUCGCAGGCCUUCGUCUCCACCGACGGCGUCAUCAACGCCCGGGCAAGGGUGCUCGGCGGCGGCACCUGCAUCAAUGCUGGCUUCUACAGCCGAGCCAGCUCAAGCUUCGUGCAGGAUGUUGGCUGGGAAGAAGACCUGGUGAAUGAGUCCUACCCUUGGGUAGAGGAUAAGGUUGUCCAGUGGCCUAAGAUCGCGCCUUGGCAGGCUGCACUGCGGGAUGGGCUUGUUGAAGCAGGUGUAUCCCCUUUCAAUGGGUACACCUAUGACCAUGUUUCUGGGACCAAGGUUGGCGGCACCAUCUUCGACGCAAAUGGCCACCGCCACACAGCAGCCGACUUGCUCGCAGCUGGAGACCGUAACAACCUGAGGGUCCUGCUUCAUGCUAGUGUGCACAAGAUAGUGUUCGACUCGCAACAAGGACGACUGAGACCAAGGGCUAUCGGGGUACAAUUUGCUGAUGAGGACGGGAGACUCCACCAGGCACUCCUCAACAACAACAGAGAUAGCGAAAUUAUCAUCUCUUCUGGUGCAAUUGGCAGCCCCCAGCUGCUACUCCUCAGUGGGAUUGGGCCAAAGAAUGAUCUUAAGAAUCAUAACAUUCCUGUUGUUCUCCACAACAAGUAUGUGGGGAAAGGGAUGGCUGACAACCCCAUGAACUCCAUCUUCAUACCUACGAAAAGCCCCCCACGGCAGUCACUGAUUGAGACUGUCGGGAUAACUGAAGCCGGUGUGUUCAUCGAGGCUAGCAGUGGUUUUGGCCAGUCAGAAGAUAGCAUCCACUGCCACCACGGAAUCAUGUCUGCUGAGAUUGGACAGCUGUCCACAGUUCCUCCGAAGCAAAGAAGCCUGGAACUAGCCAGGGAGUAUGCACAUAACAAACUUAGUCUACCCAAAGAGGUGUUCCAGGGUGGCUUUAUCCUUGAGAAGAUCGAUGGUCCACUGUCUACAGGCCAUCUUGUCCUUGCAGACACUGAUGUCAAGAACAACCCGGCGGUUACUUUCAACUAUUUCAGCCAUCCACAAGAUCUCAGUCGUUGUGUCUAUGGCAUCAAGACCAUUGAGAAAAUAUUGAAGACAAACAGUUUCGCUCAUCUGACUCCUGAUGAUGAUGCUGGAUAUGAAAUAGAAAGGGUGCUCAACAUGAGCGUGCGGGCUAACGUGAAUCUGAUACCCAAGCAUACCAAUACCACAGAAUCCCUGGAGCAAUUUUGCAAGGACACGGUAAUCACCAUCUGGCACUACCAUGGUGGGUGUCAUGUAGGGAAGGUGGUCGACCAGCAGCACCGAGUGCUUGGAGUCUCAGGGCUCCGGGUUGUUGAUGGCUCAACGUUCUCUAGGUCACCAGGGACCAACCCUCAAGCCACGGUCAUGAUGAUGGGCAGGUACUUUGGAGUGAAGAUCUUAAGGCAGCGGCUAGGACGAGCAGCUGGAGUGUAGUAGAUUCCUGAACACCUGCCUUUUAUGAUGUGUGUGUGACCUAGAAAAGAAAUCACUAAUUUUUGCUGGGAUCCAGUGUGAAUCACCAAUGUAAGACAUUCUAGGAGUUUCAUCUGUACCCAUUAACUAUUUGUCACGUACGAUAUUGCCCAUUAAAUUGUUUAUCAACUCAUCUUUCUUC